CUUACCCGAAGGCGACGGCGGAUAACUGUUUCUUUCCCUUGUGAAACCUGACCCAAGACCCAGAGAUUGUGUGCGAAAUUCCCAUCAUUUGAUCAACUUGACCGCUGCGUUCUGGUGGCCUUGUGAUAUUUGUAGAUUCCCAUGAUGUCAUCAUUUGCUCACAUGUACCACCCGUAUAUCUAAAGUCGUAGUCGGAGACACACUCUUAUGAUAGCCUUCACUGACCCGCCGGAAUAACGUCCAACAUGCCCCUCGAAACUACUGGCACAGCUGAUUUCAAGGUAGGUGAUGAAACCUACCAGACGUGGUACAAGAUUGUCGGUGACCUGAAAUCUGGCAAACCACCUCUCGUCACUCUUCAUGGAGGACCAGGAUUUACACACGAAUACAUGCUCGUCCACAAAGCAUUAACGGAAUCUGCUGGAAUCCCAAUCGUGGCGUACGAUCAGAUUGGGAACGGGAACUCGACACAUCUACGUGACGCCCCCAAAGAAUUCUGGACGCCAGAAUUUUUCAUGGAUGAGCUCGAUAACCUCCUCGACCAUCUAGGCAUCUCCGAGUGCUUCGACCUUGUCGGCCAAUCAUGGGGAGGAAUGCUGGCUGGGCAAUACGCGGCUACUCGUUCACCCAAGGGCUUACGCCGCUUGGUGAUCCUCAACUCUCCGGCAUCGAUGGAACUCUACGAGGUCGGGACGAAUGCUCUUUUGGAAAAGUUCCCACCAGAUUUCGUUGCCAUGUUGCGAAAGCAUGAACGAGAGGGUACGACUAGCUCGAAGGAGUACGAGGAUGGAAUGAUGGUGUUCAUGAAGAAACACGUUUGUACGCUGGAUCCGUGGCCCGAAGAUGUCAUGGCGUCUUUUGAAUCGUUUGGAAAAAAUCCAACCGUUUUUCAUACAAUGCUGGGACCGUCGGAAUUCAAUGUAACCGGAACUCUCAAGACCUGGUCCAUUGUCGACAUCCUUCACAAGAUAACGAAUCCCACUUUGAUCGUCAGUGCACCCAAUGACGAGGUGCAGAAUGUUGCGGUUAUGCCGUGGUUCUUGAGGGUUCCUAAAAUCAAGUGGCUGGAGCUCGCGAACAGUACACACCUAGGAUUGUACGAAGAGAAAGACAGAUAUCUUCAAGUCCUCGAAGAAUUCCUAGAAGCCUCUGGGUGAAUUGUUAGCUUGAUCGAACGUCUAAAUCAAAUCGAAUGCAUGCUAGUUCUGAAAUGUUUAAAAUAGACUUUUGAAGAAAGAGAUUCUCUACUCAGACGGCUGUUGCUUGUCACUGAGAAUUUGG